GAACUUUUUUUAGUUACUAUAUUGCAAUCCGAUUGUGAACUUGAUUCCGUUGUUGUGAUUGAAAUUUCAAUUCCGGUACAAUGGGUUACGAGAUGAAAGCCCCCGGUACCAAUGAUCGAGAUGUCACUGACACGCUUUUGGAAAUCAAAGAAGAUAGCAAACCAAAGCCAAUCACCAAGUCACCAUCGAUGUGGUACUCCAAGAGAUGCCUGCUAACAAUCCUUCUGUUUCUUGGCUGCGUACAUAUGCACUCGUUAAAAGCCAACUUGAGUAUCGCGUUGGUAGAGAUGACAUCUAAUAAGACAAGGGAGGUGAACUCGACCGAGUCCAACUUGAGUAUUCCUUCGCUAGAAUCCAACAUGAGUAUUCCUUCGCUAGAGUCCAACUUGAGUAUACCUUCGAUAGAGAUCACGUCCAAUAGAACAAUGGAGAACGGCAAUCAAACCAAUAUUAUUCCACCAGAAUUCAAUUGGGAUUCCAAUACAGUUGCCCUUAUCAUCAGCAUGUUCUCGUAUGGGUACGCUUUUUGCCUUUUUGGAGGACGAAUGGCGACGAAAUUUGGCGGUGCGGUGACGUAUGGAAUUGCAAUGCUGUUAUCUGGAGUAGUCACCAUUUUACAACCACCCAGCCUGUACGCUGAUUUUUAUCUGUUUUUACUGGCUCGAAUACUGGCUGGAUUAACCGAAAGUAUAGCAUAUGCCAGCACAGCAGAAAUAGUAGCUCGUUGGAUACCAUUAAAGGAGCGAUCUCGCCUCAUGUCGUACAGUUUCAGUGGCAUAUACGUCGGAUCUGCAGUUACCUAUCCAGUUUGUGGAUAUAUUGCCAACAGAUGGGGGUGGCCAGCAGUAUUCUACACUACAGGUACGACUUGCAUGAUUUGUGCAUCGCUGUGGAUGAUUUUCAUAAGGAAUGAUCCUUCGAAAGAUAAAUGGAUUUCUAAACAAGAACUUCUCUACAUACUUCAAAGCACUGAAAAAACUCCAAGAAAACAAGUAGUUCAUCCUUACAGAAAAAUUCUCACAUCGGGUCCAUUUUGGGCUCUGUGCUUUGCCAAAACAACAUACAGCUGGGGAUAUACAUUACUGGUCACGUGCUUUCCAUUGUAUGUGAAAGACAUGACAAACAGAAGAACUGAUCAAAUAGGAUAUAUCUCAGCGAUACCAAAUUUCGUUUGCAUCUUUGUAGUUCCUAUCACAGGCACAAUAAUGGAUUACUGCCAGAAUAAAAGCAAAAUAAAAAUCAACAAGCUCCAUAAGAUACUAAUGAGUUUAGGAUUCAUACUCGGAUCCUUCCUGUUAAUGAUACCAGCUUUUGUACAAAACUUCACAAUAUCCAUGAUCUGUUUCGUAUUAGUCAAGGUGGCAUUAGCUUUCAAUUUUCUAAUAACUCAGCUCGCUUGCAUUUACAUGGCUCCCCAACAUUCGUCCAUACUGGCAGGAUUUACAGCCUUUUGCUACAUCUUAAGCUCCAUUUUAUCGCCAACUAUGGUAGGAUUGAUCGUCAAGAACCACAAAUGGGAAGAAUGGAGUAUGAUAUUUUUACUGGCUUCUGGUGUAUUGAUGUGCGGUGGUAUAAUAUUUUUGCUAUUUGGUUCGACCGAGCUACAACCCUGGGCCUCUUCAGAAUCAACACAGGAAGAUGAUGAAGCAACGCAAGAAAAUAACAAACAACCGAUAAAAACCUGAUUGUUUAUUUACUCGUGUAAUUUUUUCACGCGUGUGUCGAACAAAAACAAUGAAAUAUUUUUCAACUUA